UUCGAAAUCACCCAAUUGUUCACGCACACAUGGGUGCAAUUGCUCGCGCGCGCCAUAUACCACCUUCGACAGUUCCAGUCUUGACCAGCGUGUGGAGGCCGUUCCCCAAUCGAAUCCUGAUGGAGCUGUUGCUCCCUGCACUAAUCUGGGAACGUGGAAACAGAAGGAGAAGGACUAAACAGGUGGUCAGAAACACACAGCUAACAAUGUUGUCCCUGGAUAAAAUGUGAAAGAUAUUUUGGUCUCAUCUCUUUUUAAGGAUACAAGAUUCAAUAACCAAAUUUAAUUCAUGUUUCGGCUGACUUUCAAAGGGAUAAUUUAUCCUCGGUUUUCCUCCGAAUCUGGGCAAGAUCUAUCGGAUAUUAAACUAUGAAAGUGACUGUGUGUUUUGGAAGGACUAGGGUGGUGGUACCGUGCGGAGAUGGAAAUAUCAAAAUCCAUAUUCUCAUCCAGCAAGCCGUCAUGAGAUACAAAAAAGCAAUUGCAAAGGAUGCCAGCUACUGGUUACAGGUGCACCGGUUGGAGCAUGGGGACGGAGGUAUCCUGGACCUGGAUGACGUGCUGUGUGAUGUGGCUGAUGACAAAGACAGGCUGGUGGCGGUGUAUGAUGAACAGGAACCUCACCAUGGUGGUGACGGCACCAGCGCCAGCUCAACGGGCACCCAGAGUCCCGACCUGUAUGCCACCGAGCUCAACACAAGCAGCAUGUCUGCUUUCCAGCCCUACCAGGCCGCCAGCGAGAUAGAAGUCACUCCGUCCGCCCUCCGAACUAAUAUGCCCCUCCAUGUGCGUCGCAGCAGUGAUCCAGCACUGGCGACGGUCAAUGGGCCAUUCAGCGACCCCCGUGUGACCCUGCCGCCAGAGGAGCCGUCCAGGAAGAACCCCACCCGCUGGUCCACCACAGCUGGUUUCCUCAAACCACGACACUCUGUUGGAGACACCAGCACUGAAGCCAACAGCCUGGAGAGAAAGGGUAAGGUUGUGGACACGUAUCGUAGUCUCCCCCGUGACUCAGGGACCUGGGCAAACGAGAGAGAGUUCCAGAGAGAGACGGCCCGCUCCUCCCUGAGCGCCAACCACCCCAUGGUAGACCGCUGGCUGGAGAGACAGGAGCAGGAGGAGGGGGGGCACGGGGAGGAGGAGAACGGCAGGAUCGAGCCGGUUGGCCGAGCUGACUCCUGUAUGGCCCACACCCCUGUGAGGUCACUGGAUGACAUUGUAAAGCUGGUAGAAGUGUCCAAUGACGGCGGGCCCUUGGGGAUCCAUGUAGUGCCUUUCAGUGCCCAGGACCGCAGGACUCUCGGCUUGUUGGUCAAGCGCCUGGAGAGGGGAGGCAAGGCGGAACAACAUAGUCUGUUCCAGGAGAAUGACUGCAUCGUACGCAUUAAUAAUGGAGACCUGCGAAACAUCCGCUUCGAACAAGCCCAGAACAUGUUCCGCCAGGCCAUGCGUUCACCAGUCAUCAUGUUCCAUGUGGUUCCCAACCUGAUGAAGGCCCAGUACGAGCAGCUGUCACACAGCGAGAGGAACCCCGACGUGGCCUACUCCUCUGGAAGCUUCAGCCCUGACUCCCUAGCCAGCGAGAGAGGCAGCACAACCUCAGGCCUGGACCACACCCCACAGAGGAUGUCCCGUGGUCCCCACCCUCACCAGCACCCCGAGCAGGGUGACGCCUACACCUCUCUACCUCACCCCCAUGUGCUUGCCCAUGGGGGCUCCAUGGGCAAGCCCCCAUUAGGCCAUGCCCCUCCAGGCCGCACCCCCUCCCCUCACAGGGUGCUAAACUCCACCCCCGCGGCGGGCUUCACCAAAAAGGUCGGCAGGAGACUGAACAUCCAGCUGAAAAAAGGUCCGGAGGGUCUGGGUUUCAGCAUCACAUCGCGUGACGUCCCCAUCGGUGGCUCGGCACCCAUCUACGUGAAGAACAUCCUGCCCCGAGGAGCUGCCAUCCAGGACGGACACCUCAAGGCUGGAGACAGGCUGCUGGAGGUGAACGGAGUGGACCUGGUUGGGUUGACCCAGGAGGAGGUGGUCUGUCUGCUGAGGGCCACGCCCAUGGGAGGGGCUGUGGGGCUUGUGGUGUUACGACAGGAGGAGACCUUCCUGCCCAGAGAAGUGAAUGCAGAACCCCAGAUGCAAAGCCCCAGAGAUUUGAAGAUUGAGGAGGAUGACCUGGUGUUGACCCCGGAUGGUACCAGGGAGUUCCUGACCUUUGAGAUCCCUCUGAGUGACUCCGGGUCGGCGGGGUUAGGGGUCAGCGUCAAGGGCAACCGCUCCAAGGAGAACCACUCUGACCUGGGCAUCUUCGUCAAGUCCAUCAUCAACGGGGGAGCUGCCUGCAAGGAUGGAAGGCUGCGGGUCAACGACCAGCUGAUAGCGGUGAACGGGGAGUCGUUGCUAGGCAAGACCAACCAGGAAGCCAUGGAGACGCUAAGGAAGUCCAUGUCUGUAGAGGGCAACAAGCGGGGGAUGAUUCAGCUGAUUGUGGCCAGGAGGGUCACUAAACGCAACGAGAUGGAGGCCUCUGGGAGCCCCCUGGGACCGGAGCAGACCCUCAACUCCACCCUGCUGGACGACCGGGAGCGUCGGAUCUCCCACUCUCUGUACGGAGGCAUAGAGGGCCUGGACGACAACCUGAUGCCACGGCAGACACUAAUGGGCCGAAUGAUGGGUAACUACCAGCUCUCCCCUACAGUCAACAUGCCCCAGGACGACACAGUCAUCAUCGAAGACGAUAGGCUGCCAGUACUUCCUACCCAUCUCUCUGACCAAUCGUCUUCCAGCUCACAUGACGACGUGGGGGUCCCUCCCCCCUGGGCCAAAGAGAUUCAAAUUCAGAAUGAGAGCCCUCUGAGCCCUGAUGACACCGACCCAGACGGAGCCUUUCAGAGGGAGGGCUUCGGCAGACAGAGCAUGUCUGAGAAACGGACAAAGCAGUUUGGAGAUGCCAGUCAGCUGGAGAUCAUCAAGACACGCAAAUCCAAGAGCAUGGAUCUAGUAGCCGACGAGAUUAACCUCACCCCUCGCAAAGAGAACACACCAGGGUCUUCCACCAGGGACGUGGGUCCUUUCUUAGGCCUCAAGAAGUCCAGCUCUCUAGAGAGUUUACAGACAGCCGUUGCAGAGGUAACGCUGAACGGUGACAUGCCCUUCCACAGGCCACGCCCACGCAUCAUCAGGGGGCGGGGCUGCAAUGAGAGCUUCCGGGCUGCCAUCGACAAGUCAUACGACAGGCCAGCCGCUACAGAGGAUGACGAUGAGGACAUGGAGACAUAUUCCAGCAAUAUAAAACGUUCUGUUACUGUCUGUCCAGUGGAGGAGGACACCGAGGAGAGCUCUCGGUCCGGGCGUGACUCUGUGUCCACCGUGGCAGAUCUGACGCCACUGCCUAACACCGAGAGACCACUGGUCAACGGCAACCGCACCGAUGAAGACGAGAAGGACAAGGGAGGGAAUGACAAAAAGAAACAGAAGGACAAAGAGAAGGACAGCAAGAACAAGGCUAAGAAAGGCAUGCUGAAAGGCCUGGGAGACAUGUUCAGGUUUGGUAAACAUCGCAAGGACGGAGAGAAAAUUGAGCGUAAAGGGUCAAGCAAGUGGAGGCCGGAAGAGCUGCAAGCCUCAGAGGAAGAAACACUGAGGAUGAGACUGGAGCAGGAGAGGAUCCAGCUUAAGACCCGGGAGCUGCGGGAGCGGCAGGCACGGGAGAGGGACUACGCUGAGAUCCUGGACAUCAACCUGAGCCGAGACGAGGAGCACCCCUAUGCCGGCAUCGGGCCCCUGGACACGUCCCUGGGCAGCGGACACAGCCGUCCCCAGAGCCCCCGAGACAACGACCACCACCACCAAGACUCCUCCCUCUACACACAAGUCGGCAAGGCCCGCAACGCAAACGGACGCCCUCCCUCCGCCGACAGCAACAGACUAGCGCCUAGCAACCACGACCGGAUACAGCGGCUGAGGCAUGAGUUCCAGCAGGCCAGGGAGGACGAUGACCCAGACGACCGGAGACGCACCUAUAGCUUCGAGCAGCCCUGGCAGAACACUACCAACACCGGUCCAAGCCCGUACCAGACAGACAGACAACAGACAGGCCGACACUCUGUGUCUGUAGAGAUGCAGAGACAGAGGCAGGAGGAGAGAGACGCCUUCCAACAGGCGCAGAGACAGUACAGCUCUCUGCCACGACAACCCAGGAAGAACCCUAGCUCCAUCUCUCAGGACUCCUGGGUCAAGGUCUACCCGCCGGGCGAGGGCUUCCAGACGACCAAGGAGAACCCUCGCUACUCCAGUUACAAGGGCUCCAGGAACGGCUCCCCGGGGGUGAGCAGUGUGAAUGCCCGCGUCUUGCUGGAGGCCCAGGAGCUGCUGAGGCAGGAGCAGAGACGCAGGGAGCAGAAGGCCAAAGGGAAGCAGCUACAACUAGCACCCCCACAGGAGCACCACGGGAACAACACCUACAAUGCCACUCCGUCAUACUCAGCUCACAUGGACCCUGUGUCGCCUAAGGGCCCCUAUAGACAGGAUGUACCCCCCUCGCCCUCCCAGCUGGCCAGGCUCAACAGGCUGCAGGGGCCUGAGAAGGGGAGGCCCUUCUACUCCUGAGGGGAUAAGGGUGGGAAAGGGACAGGGCAGCCAAGAAGAGGCCACAGUUGGUGGCGACUACUUCAGGAGCUGAUUAGCUAUAGAAUGGGGAGGCCCUUCUACUCCUGAGGGGAUAGGGACAGGGUGGGCCAGAGGGGCCAUAGUUGUGGACAAUAUGAAUAGGGAAUGCACAGUGAGUGUUAGUAUUAAUGGCCUCUUAGUGACCUCCGUUCAGUCCCAGUCAGUCCUGUUUCCUCACACAGACUGUUGUUAAAUGAGACUUUCAGUGCCUCCUGUGUUCAUGGACAUGAUGCUUUCUGGGGUAGUAGUGGUGUUGUGGGAUUCAUAGACAUCUGUCACCCUCACGCUCUGACAAUCAUACAGGCAAACAGAUGGUUUUUCAAACAAUGGAGAAGUGUGUGUGUGUGUGUGUGUGUGUGUGUGUGUGUGUGUGUGUGUGUGUGUGUGUGUGUGUGUGUGUGUGUGUGUGUGUGUGCGUGUGUGUGUGUGUGCGUGCGUGCGCGAGACUGUCUUAAUGUAUGUAUGUGCGUUAUGCUAGUGUGGUGUGGACACUUACAAGGUCGCCUGGUUUUGUUAAGCCAUGGCUCCUACUUGACAUGCCCUCCCCUGGACAUGAACCUCCCCAUAGUUGGUAGUACACUAACACGUCAAAACAACAACGCUGAGCACUCACUAUUCUAUUUCUCUGUUUUCAUCCUUUCUUUCUUUACUUCAGUAGUCACCAGUGGGCUAGAGAAAAGGGAGUGAGUGUGUAAAAGGAGGGGGAGCAUAGCACUGGUUAUUAAUGAAGGACUCUCAUAAAUUAUUCAUGUGUGUGCCAUCUCCAUGGAGAGAGAGAAAGAGAGUCUGAUCCACCGCCUGGCCUCUCUGCUCUGGGCACGGCUAACCUGGCCUGCCUGUCUCUGGCUUCAUCCUCUCCCUCACCACCACUUUCUCCUCUUUCCCCUAUCCUCCUCCCCCUCACCACCUAUAUCACCUCUUCUCCCCCUCACCUCUUUCACCUCUCCUCUUCCCCCUUCCACUCCUAGUUCAGCUCUUCUCCUCCCCCUCACGUCCUUUUCCAACUCUUCCCCUGUCAACCCUGCACUGAAUUUUGCAUCACAAGCUGCCUGCCACAGCCAAAGAACAGAACACAGCACCUAGAGGAUGCUGUGUAGUGGAGGGCCACACCACAGUUUCUCUCCGCAGAGAGACAAUCGGAGUACCGACGCAAGAUUUAGGUUCAAUCUUCCCUUGUUCAUAAAAAAUAAAUAUGGUUUGAGUGGUAAUUGCUUUCAGCUGCCGUAUAGCGGAGUACUAGUGAGUCGCUCUCCUCUUGUAAAUAUUGGACCUUUAAUGUAACGAUGCUCUGAUGUCUAUGAAAUGUACCAAAUGGUGGAGAUGAAUUUCAACCGAACAAAGGAGAGCACAGAAAAGAUGAAAAAUCUAAUGACUGUGGUACGUACUCUGUGUGUCGCCUCGUGGUAUACUAUAACAGAAGAGUCUGGCACCUCGCUGCUUUGGAGAUGUGCUUCAGUGUUCUCCCUAUGCCAAUUACAGCCAUACGAAAUGCAUUAGCUUCCAUUUGUGAGUUAAUACAGUGUCUGUGUCCCAAAUGGGACCCUACUAUCUACACAGUGCACUACGGGCCCUGGUCAAAAGUAGUGCAUUAAAUAGGGAAUCAGCUGUUGAACACGUCUAACAUGGAAAUAAGACUGUGUUCUGUCGUCUGUACUGCAGUACUUUGCCAAUGUCUGCAGUCUGGUUGGAAUCUGUUGUAUGGUGUCCAUUGCUAGCUUAGUUCCAGAUCUGUCUUGUUAAUUUCUAUGGUCGUUAUAGUUAACAAAGGUGUAGGCAGAAGUUCCCCAGACUAUGUUGCUGAUCUUAUGUCAGUUUUUCAUUUCCCUCACUAAAUGGUUAAGGUUAAGAUUGGGGGGAGCGGAAGCUGAUCCUAUAUCUGUACCUAGGGGAAACAUCACCCCAGAGUAGUAAAUAAGACAGGGCAAAUAGAUCUGGGAUCAGGUGGACCAUCUGACCACCACUGGCUAAGUUGAGAGUUCAAUAAUAAGUGCCUGAGAUGCCAUGCAGUUCCUGAAUAGGGAAAACAAUGUGGAUUGUUCCUUGUUGUAGCUAAAUAGACACAACACCAUCACACCAUGUGUUUUUAACAUAAUAUUAUCAUCUCUACAGCACAGUAUGUGUUUUGAUUGUUUUGGGGCUUUUCUACAGUGAGAGUUCAAAUAAGCCUCUGCACAGCUGAUCAGUGUAUUUGUAUCCUGUCUGUUUGACAUUGCCUUCACAAUGCUGUACGUCUCAUGAUGUUUAAAGUAUAAAGCUAUUGUAAGCACAGUGCAAUUGUUUUUCAGACUUUGACAUGAUAUGUUUAGACAUGUAUACAGACACAUUUCCUGUACAUAUCACAUUUAGAAUAAAAGGAAGGCUGUUUCAUCCUGUUUACAACUA